CUCGGGCAUCCUCCAUUUUACAUGGGUUGGACCACUUGGACGGAGUAACGACCACGUGGUUCUCGCUAUAUUUGAACGCAUGCCUUCCCGCGCGAAUCGCGCACCGGCAGCGCGAAGGCGCCAGCUAUGCACAGCGAAUGGAGCUAGAAACCGCCGGCGGCGAGCGCGCGCGACGAAGACGAUCCAAAUUUAGGCGCCAGAAUGACUAGAGGAGCGGUCACGCAGGAGGAGGCCGGAGGGAAGGGGGAGACCGGCUCCUCGACCUCUCCGCCGCCGCCGCCGCCGCAAUGGGGUCCCCACCCCGCUCUGCGGUCAUCGCCGUGGCCUUCCUCCUCCUCGCCUCCUCCGGUGAGGCGUUCUUCGACAUCUUCAACUUCUUCCACCCGCACUCGGAGACCGACUACUUCCAGAACGCCUUCGAGGGCACGCCGGAGCAGACGGUGCCCACGCAGACGGAGCAGGAGGAGCGGGGCGCCGCGCCGGCCCUCGCCACGGGCCUCACCAGGGUGCCGGCCGGGGGACCGCCCAGCAAGGCUGCGCAGGACACGGUCGCGCUCCCCGCCGACAAAGGCGGCGGGGCAGUCGGCUCGUGGACCAUCGUCAGCGAAAACUCCGGCGUGUCGGCCAUGCACAUGGUCGUUAUGCGCCAUGGCAAGGCCGUCAUGUUCGAUACCAGCACCACCGGGCGGUCACUCAUGCGGUUGCCCCAGGACAACUGCCGCAUCGACCCGCGCGCCAAGGAGGAGGGCACCAUGGACUGCUGGGCGCACUCCGUCGAGUUCGACUACAACACCGGCGGCCUCCGCCCUCUCAAGAUCUUAACAGACACAUGGUGCUCGUCGGGCGCGUUGGACCCGGACGGCAACCUGGUGCAGACCGGCGGCUACUUCGAGGGCGAGAAGGUUGUGAGGACCCUGAGCCCGUGCGACACCUGCGACUGGCUGGAGCAACCCAACAGCUUCGCCGAGGGGAGAUGGUACGCGACGCAGGUAGCGCUCCCGGACGGCCGGUUCAUCAUGUUCGGCGGUCGCCGCGCCUUCAGCUACGAGUACGUCCCGUGGCCCGGGAAGUCCAACGACAAGGCCGUCCGGUUGCCCUUCUUCCGCGAGACCACCGACGACGUGGAGAACAACCUGUACCCGUUCGUGAACCUCCUCCCCAGCGGCAACCUGUUCCUCUUCGCCAACGACCGCUCCGUCAUCUUCGACGCCAAGUCGAGCAAGAUCGUGCGCGAGCUCCCCAAGCUCGACGGCGGGAGCCGCAACUACCCCGGGUCCGCCAUGUCGACGCUGCUCCCGCUCGACCUCCGCAACGUCACCGGCGACCCGGAGCCGGUGGUGGUCAUCUGCGGCGGGGCGCCCAAGAAGGCCUUCAGGAAAGGCGAGAACAACACGUUCCUGCCGGCGCUCCGCGACUGCGCCCGCAUCAACCUGGCAAGGCCCGACGCGCAGUGGGAGAGCGAGGACAUGCCCGUGGGCCGCGUCAUGGGCGACAUGCUGAUCCUCCCCACCGGCGACCUGCUGCUGCUCAGCGGCGCCGCCAAGGGCUGCGCCGGCUGGGGCUUCGGCAGGCAGCCGGUGCUGACCCCGAUCCUGUACUCGCCGCGCAAGGCGGAGGGCCCGCGGUUCCGGGCGCUGGCGUCGUCCACCAUCGCGCGCAUGUACCACUCCAGCAGCGCCGUGCUGCCCGACGCCACCGUGCUGGUGGCCGGCGGCAACGCCAACGCGGCCUACAACUUCAGCGACGUGGACUUCCCCACCGAGGUGCGCGUGGAGCGGUUCACCCCGCCGUACCUCAGCGAUGAUGGGGCCGCCGACAACCGCGCGGUGAUCGACUUGGCGUCGUUGCCCGUGGACGGGAUGCGGUACGGCGCCCCGUUCGCGUUCCGGUUCUCCGUGACCUCCGAGCCGGCCGUGGUGGAGGCCGACGUGAAGGUCACCUUGUACGCGCCGCCGUUCACCACGCACGGCUGCUCCAUGAACCAGCGGCUGCUGAUCCUGCACUUCACCUCGUACGUCCAGGAGGGACGGAGCUACAGGGUGUGCGUGGACGGGCCGGGCAAGCCGGAGCUAGCGCCGCGGGGGUACUACCUGCUGUUCGUCGUGGCCAAGGGCGUGCCGAGCGUCGGUGUGUGGGUGAAGGUUUGGUGAGAUCGAUCGGCCGAUCGUUGGAUUUUAAUGGGAUCGAUCCCCGUGUGGGUUUCUUUUUCUUUUUUCUUGAUCGGGUUCGGGUGGUCAACCCGUAUUGUACAGAAGUGGAGAGCCAGGCUACUAAUUAAUUGUGUAAAGAGUAAAGUCCAUCAGCGGUCCUUAAACUUGUUUGGAUGUUUCAUUCUGGUCCUUAAACUCGCAAAAUGACCGUUUAAGUA